UCACAUGUAGCUGUAUUAUGCUUGCACUCUAAUCCUAGCUCUCUUGAAUUUGCCUCCGAGCUAUUAGGUCUGGCCCCCAGACUAAUAUUAUCAUAUGUAUGUACAUGUAGCUAGAUAAAUAUAGCCAUGAUGAAAGAUUCUACAGCUUCCAGGGAUGCAGAGAGCAUACAGAGGUCGGUCAAGAAGUCCACUGCAACACUGAAGAUGGUGGGGGCCACUGUCUGCAUUGCUGGAGUGGUGGCCACUUGGGUUGCAAUGGCCGAGGCUUUGCAGAACUUAAACAAGGAGUUUCCAAGUCCAUUCUUCAUGACCUACUUUAUACACAGCUCCUAUGCUCUCCUCUACGUCGGCUGGGCACUCUGGAGGUACUUCCCUUACUGUAUUACCAGUAACUCCUACUCUUGCAACAGAGCUGGGGAUGGGGCUCUCACUGACUUCAGAUCUCUUGCCAUAUGAUCGGGAAUAUUGGGUGCCCUGUCUUUCAUCCAAGGCUAUGCCUGGUAUCUCUCCCUUACACGAACCAACAUACCUUCAAACACGGCCAUCUACCAAUCUGUGUCUGCUAUUGUAUUCAUCAUCUCAGUCCCAAUACUCAAGGAGAGGGUCACUGUCCUAAAGAUACUGUGUGUGCUGGUGAGUAUUGGAGGUGUGUUUAUGGUGGCCUUCUUCUCAACUGACAAGAACAACUGCUCACCAGCUAUUGUAAGCAACUUUACUAACAGUUCUACUGGCUCUGGAUUUUAUGAGGAUGACCCCUGUGAACCCGAGCAAGAGACGAGCACUCCUAUUGGAUUCGUGCUCUUGAUUGGUUCUGUGUGCACUUAUGCUGUCUAUGAAGUACUCUACAAGAAGUUUGCAACAAAGAAAAAUGAUUCAUCUGCUACUGUUAAUGGUCUCCGUGUCCUUGGCUAUACGGGAGUCCACACACUGCUGUGGAUGUGGCCACCAUUUAUCAUCCUCCACUACACUGGCUUUGAGCCCUUCCAUUUCCCUGCUACAAUGGAGCUGCUUGGACUACUGGUACUGAAUGCUCUCAUGGAUAUUACGUUCUUUGGGUGUCUGCUGGUCUGCAUUGCUCUAUCAUCACCACUCUAUGCAUCAGUUGGCUCCAUAUUGGCCAUUCCAGCAUCUGUGGUGGUAGAUCUAAUCAUCCAUCAUUUCCUGCCCUCCUGGAAAGUGUUUGUGGGCAUUGUACUCAUUUUGAUCGGAUUUACUGGAUUCGUUAUAUCCCAAAUUCGAGAGAUGCAAAUUGAAAAAAAAUACAAGAGGACACCAGAGCCUGUGAAUGAGGGCGACCCUUUAUUAAAGCAUAAGAACACUGCAGCAGCUUUUACUCGUCGUACUCAUAAUGCAUGGAGGGACAGGCUGUGCACAUAUUUAUUUUAGCCCCUACCGUAAUAUUCCUUUUAAUUUUGUUUAUCCUAAUAAUUA